AUGUCCCCGUUUGCCGACCGCCUUCGAAACCUGGAUACCCAGAGCGCUCCAUCCCAAGAGUUCCGUGUUUACACUCUCCAAGGGGCUAUCUUGUCUGUUAUCACAGUGAUCACCAUUAUCUACUUGGUCGCAACGGAAUGGUCCUACAAUUUCCAAGUUCGUUUCUCGGAACAAGUACAUGUCAAUGCUACAUCACCUGCGGGCCUCGAAUUGGAAUUUGAUAUUACCCUCCGAUCACUCCCCUGCUCUCGCCUCAACAUUGAUGCCAACGAUCCCAAUGGACAGGCCCAAUCCCUGCACCUCGACCGACAACAUCACGUAUGGAAGCACAAAAUCAAGUACGAAGACGAUGGAAAACUGCAUUAUGUUGGAGAUCGAUCCAAAUUGGAAUUGGGAAGUACCCUCUUGUCGGAAGACAUUCUCAUGAAUCAACUCGAGGGAAAGUUAAAUGCCACGCGAGAACGAGAAGAUGAAAACUAUUGUGGAAGUUGUUACGGAGCUGGAGAAGAGGGAGAAUGCUGCAACUCGUGUGAUGAUGUCAAGCGAGCCUACAAUUUAAAAGGAUGGGUCCUGCGAGAUUUGGAGCAAGUGGAACAAUGCAAAGAAGAACUAGUGCACGUGGUGGAAAAGGGCGAAGGAUGCAAUAUUCAUGGCAAGGUAGCAUUGAGUUCGGGAGGUGGAAACUUGCAUUUGGCCCCGGGGCGUGCCUUGCAAAACGAAGCUGGUGACAAUUCGCAAAUCUCUCUGUUUGACCUCGUGCUCAGGACCUUUGAGCAAUGGUUUGGUGAAGAAGUCCCUCGGAAUCCCAACCAGUUGGAUGGCGAAGAACGAAUCAUCGCAGAUUCCUACGGCAUGUACCAAUACUAUUUCCAGGUGGUCCCGACGCUGUACAAAUUCUUGAAUGGAACAACCAUUCAAACCAAUCAAUACAGUGUCACAGAGCAUCUCCGACAUGUCAAUCCGGGCACGGGACGUGGACUCCCAGGAGUCUUUUUCUUCUAUGAGGUCUCGCCGUUGCAUGUCAUUAUCGAGGAAGAGCAAAAGGGCUGGGUCGCUUUCUUUACCAGUGUAUGUGCAGUUGUGGGGGGCGUCGUUACAGCCAUGGGUAUCUUGGAUCAAUCGCUCUUUGCCGCAUCCCAAAAGAACCCACAAGGUUUGGCCAGAUAG